GGGAAAGUUAGAGUUAGAAACUGUGUAAGCUUUUGUGGCUUUACUCAGGGACACGCGUUAUUAAUUUGAAAUUACUGUAUUUUAUUCGUCACCACACUCCUUCUCUGUAGGGAGGCGUAGUUCGAUAACUCGAAGAGCGGAUUGGAUUUCUAGACCCCCUCACGAAAUCAGGCAGAGGGAAGAGGCGGGAGAAGAGGAGGAGGAGGAGGGAAAGAGGAGUAGACGACAGUCAUGUAGUUUUGGGGGCGCGCCUGAGCCUGACCUGUUGCAAUAAUGUUACGCUCCCCAAAAAUAGCAAAGGCAGGGCGGUGGAGCAGAGCUCUGGCAAGGCACGCCUGAAUUCUAGGAACUGACAUGAUUGGUGCGUGGCUGUGUCCGCCUAUGCUAAACGCCUCGUUAGUUUAAUUUGUAUCAUUUGUACAGUUUUGAAUACUUGUUGAGAUUUUGCACUUCGAAGUUUCCCUUACGUACUGGGUUGUUCACUGUGCGACAGCCCGGGGAAAUCCCAAGUUUCAGGAGCUUUCAUUGUCAGUUCGCCGAAGUUCAUCCCUUCCAAUCUGUAAUUUGAGUUUCAUCCUCGCACGUCCGCCAGUCGCGAAUGCAAGUGACAAUCUGCCGAGCAGGUCAGCAAACGAGGGACGCGGUUUAACUGAGGACUCACACUGCUUCUUCGGGUUAACUUUUUCGUUUUGUUUGGACCUUGGAAGAAUGCGAGAAAUCUGUCUCUGUGUAUUCAUGUGCAUAUUCUGAAGCCACGAAGAAGAGGACACCAGAACUCUUGAAAGAAGGAGAGGUUAUAAUUGUGGGGCAGGAAGUUGUGUUCUUUUAUUGACAUGAGGCACGAUCUGAUGGAUUUGGAUAAAUAAAAUACAAAGACAGCAUUCUGCGAAAAUCUCCAAAAUAAAGUAAGCAGCUAUGGCAGCCAUAUCAGUGACUACUUCAGGUAUCACCUCCACUGACGAAUUCGACCGCAAUGUUCCACGGAUAUGUGGGGUGUGCGGAGACAAAGCUACCGGUUUUCACUUCAAUGCCAUGACCUGUGAGGGCUGCAAAGGUUUUUUUAGGCGCAGCAUGAAGCGGAAAGCUAUGUUCACCUGCCCCUUCAAUGGUAACUGCACCAUCACUAAGGACAACCGAAGGCACUGCCAGGCCUGCCGACUAAAGCGCUGCGUAGACAUUGGCAUGAUGAAAGAGUUCAUACUGACCGAUGAGGAGGUUCAGCGGAAGAAGGAUAUGAUCAUGAAAAGGAAGGAAGAGGAGGCACAAAAGGAAGCUCAGCGGCCCCGAUUGUCUGAGGAACAGGGCAGAAUCAUCCAGAUCCUCCUGGAUGCUCACCACAAGACCUAUGACACAUCAUACUCCGACUUUAACCAGUUUCGGCCUCCCAUCAGGAAAGGACCUGUGACCCGAAGUGCCACCCGAGCCUCUUCAGCUUUUUCCCUCCAAAAUCUUUCAUCUGAUGAAUCCCUGGAAUCCUUCAACCUAUCCCCAGAAAUGAUGGAGCCUAUUGAUUUUAACAGUCUGAUGUUGUUCCAAGGCUUCUCCUCCGAAGAGAACACAAAUUCCUCUAAGCUCUCUAUGCUACCCCACUUGGCAGACCUUGUCAGCUACAGUAUCCAGAAGGUGAUUGGUUUUGCCAAGAUGGUGCCUGGGUUCAGAGAUCUGACCCCUGAUGACCAAAUUGCCUUGCUUAAGUCAAGUGCCAUUGAAAUUAUCAUGCUCCGCUCCAAUCAGUCCUUCAAUUUGGAUGACAUGUCCUGGACAUGUGGAAGCCCUGACUAUAAGUACUGUGUUGGUGAUGUUAAGCAGGCGGGACACACCAUGGAUCUGCUUGAGCCACUGGUUAAAUUCCAGAUUGGUCUAAAGAAACUUAAUCUUCAUGAAGAGGAACAUGUUUUGCUGAUGGCCAUCUGCUUGCUAUCACCAGAUCGACCAGGUGUCCAAGAUCGAAGCCGUAUAGAAUCCAUGCAAGACAGGCUGUCGGAGGUCCUCCAGGCCUAUAUCCGAAUCAACCAUCCUGGAGGCCGCCUCCUCUAUGCCAAAAUGAUCCAGAAGCUUGCAGACCUGCGCAGCCUGAGUGAGGAGCAUUCCAAGCAGUACCGUAGCCUGUCCUUCCAGCCAGAGAACAGCAUGCAGCUAACGCCACUAGUGCUGGAAGUUUUUGGCAAUGAAGUGUCUUAGUGUGAAGCUCCGGCAACUCAGGAAGAGCUUACUAAGCUCAUUGAUGCCAUUGGGCUCUCAGCCCCUUGAAAAAGAAAAAAACAAACAAACAAAAAAAAAACUCCUUCCCUGCAUUCCAUGGCUUUUGCCACAUGUCACUCUGCAGACUCAACUACAGUUAUUUAUUUAUUUUUUAUUUUUUUUGGUUUCUUUUUUUUUUUUUUUUUAGAAUAGCUUUAUGAACUUUUGUUUUGAAGGUGUACAGAAGUAAGCAUACCCCUUCUUAGCCCUGUACACAAAAGGUCCUAAACCUAGAUGAUCCCUAUAGAUCUCAUUGAACUUCUAACAGUCAGCAGUAAUGAAUCUGCAAAACUGAAACCGCUUCUCGAACUAUAAGUAGACUGAGCCAAAGACUUGAACCACCGCACGUGAUAUAUAAGAGGCUGUGAAAACCAAAGUGUCUUUUUGUGUCAAAAUUUAUAUGGGUCUGGCCCAUCCCCAGUAUCCACUAACAACCCAGUAGUUCCUUAAAUUGUGUGGAUCCAGUCCUGUGAUAUGGCUGGUGGAGGUUUUUCUCCAUCAUAUGUGGCUAAUGCCCCCCAAGCCCCUAUCCCCACCCCCACCCUUUUGAACUGUGCUCGAUUAUUGCAACUCAGACCCUUUUACCAUUGUGAAUGAACACUAAUUCCUUACCAGAGACAAUCCGAUGGUUUGGGCUUCGGAAGCCCACUCCACUUUCUUGUACUUUAUUUUAUGUUGCUCUUUACCUCCUGAUAGAAAUUGCACAACUUUGCUGUCUUUUAGCCAUUCAGUUCUUAUUUUCUUACCUUACUUGAUCAACUUGCACCCUACACCUGUCCUGAUGGGUAUGGAAUUCCAGAUUGCUUGAAGGAGAUUCUUUCUAUUUCAGUAGAUUUAUUUUAAUUGGUAAAAGAAUUUGGGUUAUACUGGGAUUGAUGAUCGUGUUUGGGAAGCUUUUUUCUCCUACAUGAGUGCCUCCCUUUAGUCAGUGUAUUUGGAGAAGAAAUAUCAGACUCUGUUUGCUCUGGGUGUUCAGUACUCUCCUUCUCUGCCUGUUAAAUCAGGCCUAUGAAUACCCAUCUCCCCAACUCUCUUCGAAGGUUUAAUGGUUCGUAUUAGACUCUCGCCCUCAAACUGCCAAAGCUUAUGAACCUCCAUCCUCUAAUACAUUUGUCUAAAGUUUGAAUGCUUAAACCUUUGAGAGAAGUGGGGGCCGAUUGUAUUUUUAAUGUAUGCACGUGCAUUACAAGAGAACAAUGUGGGUUUACGUGAAGGCCUGCAGAUGUGUUCAUUGUAUCCCCCUCCAUUUCUGGAGCAGGCAGGAUCCUUUACUUUGCACUGUGCAGAUGUAACUAAGACGCUCCUGGCUUUGCUACAUACAGUAUGGGCAUCCAUCACUCUUAAGGUUAUUGUAUUUUUAUCUGCAGCUGUGCCUUUCAUUUCCAGUACGUGGCAUAUGUGUAUAUGCUUGUAACAUUCUCAAACAUCACGAUAAACCUAAUGUGCCUGCAAGCUGCACAAUUAAACACAAAAAUGUUCAUUUAUUUUUAGAAUUAAAAUGCUGGCUUCGUUGCUUGCACUGCCUCAUGUUUUUUUUAAAAGCAGACGGUCUUGCUUUACACACAGUGCCAGAAAGUCAUCUUCCCUCAUUGACUUUCAUACAGAGAAAGCGUGAAAUGAAAAAACUCUGAGCCAGCCCUCCUCAGUGACAGGUCAUCAGUGAUAAUUAAGAAGCGGACAUGGAAACCAAGACACUCACUCCUUACAUCUGCUGGAUGUUGCAUUGUCGGUAAAAUCUGAGACCAGUGCCUGAUUACUGUAUAUCCCAUUUGCAUUAGGAAGGGACCUCCUAAUGUGUUUUGAUGAUAGGUUUGGCUCCUUACUGCCCUAACCGUAACCACUCCUCUCCCCCCAUUUAAAAAAUAUAAAAUUAAAAACUGAAUUCUUCAUCUAUGAAAAAAAAAUAAAAAUUGUGAAAGCACUUAGAGCUAAACAAAGCUCACUCCUGUGCUGACUUCCUCAUUAGCAGCUGUCUCACUUAUCUACGUUGCUAUAUCUUAACCCGUGUCUUAUGACCAAAUUAUAUCUUGAUUCCAUAACGUAACUAAUAAAUAACUUAAUUUACAUUCUAAUUAGUCACCUGUGUAAGCUGUAUUUUCCUCACAUUUGAUCUAAUUCGUAUCUCUCUCUCACUUGGUGACUUUAUCAUGCAUCAGUGGCUGUGGUUUUGUUAAGUGUUGACUUACAUCCUCUUCCUACAUCUCAUUAAUUUGUGGGCCAAGCUAAGUAUUUAACAUCAUAUUGUCCUAAAGACGAUUUUGGUCAUUUGUCAUGGACGUCCUAAACGAUGUCAUUUUAACCCAAUUGUGUUUUGUUUUUUUAUUUACUUGGCAUUCUAGCUUAUUGGCACCUCAUCUUACUGAAAUAGUCACAUCAUUUUACUCUGAUGGCUUACCAGAUGUCAUCUAACAUUUACUAAUCACUGUGUCAUAUCAACUUUUGAAAAGGAUACUCGUGUGAUAUUAAGUUUGUAGAAUAUUGCAUGUGCUGAAUGGUCUCAAAGUCGAGAUUGUUGUCUUAUGUCUGCAAUAUAAUGAGAUCCUCGCCUGCACAUCUACCGCAGACUAGUGACAGCAGAUAGUGAAUACGAUGCCACACAUUGGAUAAGAAGUCAGAAAACCAAUGUAAGAAGCACACCCCAACUCCAUCCAUGCCGUGGUCAAUAUGAGUGGCUGCUGAGUGGCUUUUGACCGGCAAACUAAAAAUCUGUUGGUACCGUUUGCCAGAAAUACCGCAGCUUUCACUACAUCAGUAUCAUGAUAUAACUCAUCUGUUUGACACCAAAAAUUAUUUCCUAGCUGGAUUAACAAUCAAUAUUUACUGUCUUCUUUUCCUAAUUAAUACUCAUUGUGUAAUGUCUGACAAUAGUGUGUUUUAUUUUUUUAUUUUUAUCUUGUAUGGCCUAAUCCUGAAUAUCUCACUAAAGCAAAUAUUUCACACGCAUCCUACAUACUGUAGUAAUUUAAACACUUCAGUUGAUAUAGUGCCUUUCUGUUGUGAACACCACUCCAAAGUCCCCUACAAGUGCAUUCACUUACACAUUACAGAUGUUCCUAUAUAUUUUGCAAUUGGAGCCCAGGCAGGCUAAGUGGUAUGCAUCACAAAGUGGGCCAGGGAUGAGGGUGACUGGCAGAAGAGUGGCUUACAGUACAACUGCUCUCUGGCUUUUUCAUCCUUACUGGUGACUAAUUAUGGUUACUUGCCAUUUUAUCUCCUUGGUUUAUAGUUCAUCCCGACCACAACAACUUGUCUUAUAUGAAUGACUUACUGUCUCAUUUCCAUUUCUUACUGCCUCCCUCUUACAAGUUGUGCAGUUAAUGAACAGUGUUUCAUGGUAUUCUUCUCCAACAUUAUGUACUUCCCGCCAGUUUCCCUUUAGUUAUUGUUGGAAAUUAAACUCUUCUGACAUUACGUAGCAUUCUGUGUUCUGCUUAAACCAAUUCAGGGUCACCAGGGCUGAGCCCAUCCAGCAGGUUUGUGUGCACUAGCACUUUAGUCAUAAACACAUUUUACAUCUAAUGAGUGGUUUUAAUCAGCCAGAAAAGGGUGGAGUGCCCUCUCAGGGUUGGUAGCGAGAUCCUGCCUCAAGUGGAGGAGUUCAAGUAUCUCGGGGUCUUGUUCACGAGUGAAGGAAGAAUGGAGCGUGAGAUCGGUGCGGCAUCCGCAGUAAUGCGGGCUCUACAUCUGUCUGUCGUGGUGAAAAAUUUACCAAUCUCAAUUUACCGGUCGAUCUAUGUUCCUACCCUCACCUAUGGCCAUGAGCUAUGGGUAGUGACCGAAAGAACGAGAUCGCGAAUACAAGCGGCUGAAAUGAGUUUCCUCCGCAGGGUGUCUGGGCUCUCGGAUGAGAAGCUCAGUCAUCCAGGAGGGGCUCAGAGUAGAGCCGCUGCUCCUCCGCAUCGAGAGGAGUCAGAUGAGGUGGCUCGGGCAUCUGAUCAGGAUGCCUCCUGGACGCCUCCCUGGUGAGGUGUUCCGGGCACGUCCAACCGGGAGGAGGCCCCGGGGAAGACCCAGGACAUGCUGGAGGGACUAUGUCUCCCGGCUGGCCUGGGAACGCCUCGGGAUUCUCCCGGAAGAGCUAGAAGAAGUGGCCGGGGAGAGGGAAGUCUGGGCAUCUCUGCUCAAGCUGCUGCCCCUGUGACCCGACCUCGGAUAAGCGGAAGAGAAUGAAUGGAUGGUGUGGUUUGGCUAUUCGGGGACAGAGGUGAACAUAACAUUCUCAAACUCGCUUGACUGAGUGACUAUAGCCUAAAUCUGGCACAAGGCAGAAUAAAAGCCCCCGGAUAGGACGACCGUUCAUCACAAGGCCUACUUGUGUGCAUCCCCACAGGAACAAUUUGAAAUGCCACUUACCCUAAAACACGCAUCUUUGGGGCUGUUAAGAAAAGCCCAUCCAAACAGACACGGAGUACGAACGAACAAACUGCAGAAUACAGAAUGGCAGCACAAACCACUGCACUACCAUUUUUGCUUCAGAAUAUUUUUCAUUUUUAGAUCUCUCUUGUAUUUUUCUUUAUUAUACCCUCUGCUUGCUUCACUCGCCCACCCCUGGGUUUGGUUAACCGGAUAUUCAUUUGUAAGAGAAUUGUUACAUAUGCAUUAUUUUUACUUUUACUUUAAACGUUUAGUAAAAACAAUAUUUGGAAUGAACUUUUCUUCAAGAUCGCAUUGAAUUUUGAUUCCGUGUUUGGACUUGGACAUCGUGACAACGCAACGUAAGUGAAUAUCGUUUCUUUCUCUCUAAUAAAUUAAACGACUUUCUCGAAUAUUUGCCCUUGCUCUUUCUUCUUUGUUUAAUCGUUGACGUGUCAUCUAGAACGUAUAAAAUUAUUGUCCUGAUAAAAUUUAUAAGAGCUGAGAGCUCAGGAAGUGUGUCUGCCAAAAGCAUUCACACGACUGAGAGGUUAGAUGACCGUGGCCUUGUUAGAAAAUAGUUGUUAGUAGGGCAUGGCUUGAAAGAAUCUCAUGUUAAAAGUCUCCGUCUCAGGGGACUUCAUACCGUGCCAACGUUUUUGGAAUCUUUUAAUUCUCACUGGCAACACAAAUUAGAUGAUCUACAAGUCUCUGACUUGAAGUUUAAUUCUGAACAAUACAUUCGAUCUCUUUUUGCCGUUCUGUUAUUUCACCGAGUAAUAAUUUCCGUUUGUUUGCGUUAAUCUUUACUAUCCUUUAUUUGAGACUUUUGAAUUUUUGUACUUCCAUUAUCUCCAAUCUGCUCUGCAUGUGUAACAUCGCAUUGAAUUUUGAUUCCGUGUUUGGACUUACAUCGUGACAACGCAACGUAUAACUGCCUGUAUGUGAAUAUCGUUUCUUUCUCUCUAAUAAAUUAAACGACUUUCUCGAAUAUUUGUCCAUGCUCUUUCUUCUUCGUUUAAUCGUUGACGUGUCAUCUAAAAUGUAUAAAAUUAUUGUCUUGAUAAAAUUUAUAAGAGCUGAGAGCGCAGGAAGUGUGUCUGCCAAAAGCAUUCACACGACUGAGAGGUUAGAUGACCGUGGCCUUGUUAGAAAAUAGCUGUAAGUAUGGAGUGACUUGAAAGAAUCUCAUGUUAAAAGUCUCCGUCUCAUGGGACUUCAUACCGUGCCAACGUUUUUGGAAUCUUUUAAUUCUCGGUGGCAACACAAAUUAGAUGAUCUACAAGUCUCUGACUUAAAGUUUAAUUCCGAACAAUACAUUUGAUCCCUUUUUGCUGUUCCGUUAUUUCACCGAGUAAUAAUUUCCGUUUGUUUGCGUUAAUCUUUACUAUCCUUUAUUUGAGACUUUCGCACUUUCGUACUUCCAUUAUCUCUGACCUGCUCUGCAUGUGUAUCGUGCCAACAUUUUUGAAUUCUUUACGAUGUUCAACUUUGUCAUCUACUCUUUGUCUUUUAUUUCCGGCCCCGGGCAUGGACUUGUCUUGUGGGACAUGUAAGUGUCUCUCCGAGAAAAUCACAUCUCAUCUAUUAUGGUUUUUUUUUUUUAUUAUAAUGGAGAGAUUUUUUUAGUUGCAUCCAUCCUGGCAUGAUCUUCUUCUGUGCAGCCUUGGGUUUGAGGGAUAUAUUCCUGUUGUGGUGGUGUCACUUGUGGACUAAUUGAUUAAAUGUCAGUUGUUAUCUUAUUUAAAAGAGCAAGACGUUGUGGUGCUUCCCUGUCGUAAUUGUGAAUUUAAUUUUAGAGAAGACUAAUCUCUGUCCAAGAAAUAACUUUUUUCUAACAAUUUUAUGGCCGUACCUUAGCUUCUUCACCUCUGUAAAUUCAGAGUUACCCCUUUAGGACUCUUCUUUUCAGUCAGCUCUAGUCAGUUGUGUGGUAUCUGACCAACAAUUCAAACCUGUGUCAUUAGCUCUAAAAGAAACUUUCCUGAUCAGACGUACAUGUUGGUCGCUAAGUGGUGUCUGCUGGCGUAUUUUCUCUGCUUAGGAUUGUCUUGUUAAAGCUUCUUGAUUAGCUCUCUUCCUCACAGCAUACUCUACUUACUGUACCCGCACACUUUGCUGCUGCAUUUCGUCCACUUCUGUCUAAAUUGUUGUCUCACUGCCACAUCGUCUUCAGAUUUACUUGAUACCGUAUUCCCCUUUCAGUCCCUUAGGCUACCUUACAACUUUACACUCAUGACACCUCUCACCCAUCUAUCUGUCCUCCCACGUUAGCUCAUUUCACGGACUUAGCUGACUUUGAUAUAUUAAUAACUAUAUAACCAUGCUUCUUGACAGUGACAUGCACCACUGCUCACCAGAGUGUUUUCUGGACACUGUAUUGUAACAAUUACUUCAUCAUCAUCUUCAUUUAUGUUUUGGUUAUCUGAUUAAUGCUUUUAUCCAAAAUGACUUCUAGAUAACAUGGGAGUAUAACUGUCUCUUUAUCCUUAACUAGGAGUGUUACCAGUUUAUAUCACAUUUAGAGUCACUGAUACAUUUUUCUUAAAAGUUGAAUAACUUAUCCACUAGGAGGCCAACCUGAAUGUAACAUUCUCCAUCCGGCUUGAUCCAGUUCAGGAGUGCUGGGUGACGAAGCCCCAUGCCAGCAGGAUUGGGUGCAAGGGAGGAACCAUUACAUCUCCAUUGCAGAGCCAAUUUUACCCACAAUCCCACAGGGCCUGUUCACAGUGGGCAAGCAACAUAACCUGAAUGUUUUAGGAGUGUGGAUAGGAACUCAACAUGGCAAGCUGUUCACAGAUGGGGCCUGGUGUGUGAUGUGAACCCAAAACACUGCAUCUGUGAGACAGCAGUGCUGACCCCUAUGCCACCCCCCUGGGCUGAACAAUUUUCUGUUUGUGCCAAAAAGUUAUUGUGACGAGUUGUGCAUGCGGUGUGAAUGUGUGCCUUCAGAAUGAGGUUAAUGUGCGGACCCCUUCGGUGGGGGAUCAUAGUGUUCUGUCUUUAUAUCGGGAUGAGCAACGUCAAUCCUGCAGGGCCACCGUGGCUAACCUUUUUCUCAGUUGGUUACAAGGUUUUGCUGCGAAUUAGCUUCAUUUUCUUGAUUUGAAAUUUAAGAGUCAGACCCUUUUACAUCAGGGGUGUUGUUGGUCUGUGUUCCCUUCCUUUCUUGCCCCUCAAACAAGGUAACAGUUGAUUGUUAGAAGGACCCCCCACUCAUGGUGGAUUUCACAUCCUCUGUACAAAGACUUGCGGUCACUUGUAUGCUAACCCCCAUGAGUUUAACAAACAGAACCAGCUUCUUAGUGACUCAGAAUAGGAGAACCAACUUUAGAACUGAACACUGCGUGCCCCCCCAAUAAAUUUAAAGUGUGUAUACCCUUGCCAGCACAUUUGGGUCCCUGAUAUUGAAUGAAUUUCAAAACUUUAUGAAUGUUGGAAAGCAGUCCAGCCUGCCUCUGUUUUGUCCAGAAAAGACCAAUUUUAGCGGCCAACCCAUGAAAGGCCCAUGGGUGCCAUGUUGACUUGUCCUGUUCCUGUCUUUGGAACUCUCACUCAAGCCCUGCGCAUUACCUGUUGUCUUAUCAUCUUAACUAUACAUAUAAACACAAUCAUAUAUAUAGAUAUAGAUACAUAGCUGUUUAAUAUAGGUACAUGUGUAUAUAGGGUAGGGCAGUGGGGCAGACAUUAGUGCUGCCACCUCACGGACAUAACCUCCCUCAUGACCUGUGAAGUUUCCAGGGUCUCCUCAUAUCUUCCAGGCACUCCUUUUCUAAUUAAAAUCUUCAAAGCUAAAUUAGUGAUUCCAAAUUGGCACACAACAUGGACUCAGCAAUGGUGCUCUGUCCAGUGCUGGGGUGUGCGUUAUACCUGACGGUUGAAUUAGGUGGGAUUGACAAUUACAUAUACAGAGUAUGUUCAUGUAUAAUAUUCAGAUUGCUUCCUAAAAGUAACUUAAGAUAAGCAGGUUCUGAAAAUGUAUAGAUGUAGAGAAAUAAAUCCAUAGAUACACACACACAGUGUCUAAGCACUGCACUGUAAUGAAGAGUGUUUCGGGUUCAGUCUCCACUCCUGCUUCUGUGUGCGUCUUGUCAGCAUCGAGAAUUUUGUCAGGUGAGCCCCCUAGUGGCCGAGACGCUGAGUUAUUAUUCAGCAGUCGGUUUUUCCGUCCUCCUAACGAGGAGCUGGACUGUGGGGCCCCCUAGUGGCCGUGGUUUUAACUCUAAAGCGCAAAGUCGCGUGCUCGCUCCAUAGUAGUAGGGUGGUGUUGUACCGUGUUAGCCAUUAUGGAUGUAAUGAGAAGUCAAGCAAAAUUACACCAUUUAUUAGCUAAAUGAACCGAUUACAAUAUGCAGACUUUCGAGGCAACUGAGGCCCCUUCACAAAGAAAUUCAAAAUGUAUGUAUGUGUGUUAUUCUAUAGCAUUGACGGAUAUGAAAGGCUCUAAAUUGGAAUGGACAGGAAAGACCCCAAAUGGCACAGAUGUUUUAGACGCUAUAUGAUUGAUGCACAGUUAGGCAGAAGUCCAGAUGUACUUUCAGCUGAAGACUGACUUUUUGGAUAGUAGUUACAGUGCAUCUUCUUUAUGAAGAAGUAAAAAUUAGGUUUUAAUGAGGUUCUUAAAACAAAUGAGUACACUUCAGUUGUCACUACCAUCGAUAUUCACAUUAAGGCUCUCCUGAAAAGACUUUUUUUUUAUUCUUCAAGUGUUACUACUUUCCUUAAGGACAUUCACCAUUGUGCCCUCACCAUGGGAUUAUUCCUGCCUUGUGCCUGAUGUUUACUGGGAUACGCUCCAAAUUCCCAGUGGCCCUGCUCAGGGCACUGGACGGAUGGACAUGCUUGGAUCAUUGGACCUGCUCAUCCCAUUCGGCGAUAGGGAUGUGGAGCCCAUCCUGCCAGCACACGGCCCAAAACUGCAACCACAGCUGCAUGUCCGACAAAGACGGUCCUUCCUUGGAAAACCUGCAUUCUCUUUCUCUCUCAGCUCUCGGAAGCUCGCUUCAUGUCUGAAGACCCCAAGUCGCUUUUGGCCCGAGGGGGGCACACAAGCGGGCCGCCGGCGCUUUGGGGUCAGCUCGCUGUCGCAUGUGGCUUUGCUGCAAGCUCAACUUCAGCGAUUGUCGGUGUUUUUAUUGGCUGUGACGUUCAUCCCUUUAACCUACUUUUAUCUAUCAUCUUCUGCAAAAAUAUAAAAAAUAAAUAAAUAGUAUGUAUGUGAAAUCUGUACAUUGUCAGCAAUGGAAGUGUAAAAUGGCAAGAGGUAAUGACGAAAUAAAGUGACUAAUAUACUGUGAUCAUGAAACCA